AUGGCCCCAAGAUUAAUAACCCGGAGGAUUCUAUUGCAUCCCACAGUCUCCCGCCCGCGAUGCCUCCGAAGCUUUGCGAACCAGUCUCGCCUCACCACCACAACUAACCGAUCACGACCGAUCCUACCAUUUCUCUUCAUCCCCAGAUCAAGUCCGAAUUCAGUACGGCGCUUCACGUCGGAGCGACAGCGAUGGUGGAAACAUGAGGCGAAGCUUGUGGUGCGCUACACCCUCACGCUGUGGGGAGCCGUCAUAUGCGUCUUGACUAUUUUCUUCGCAAUCAACGAGGAGAUUGUGGAGCGAGAGUUUCCGACGCCGCACGAGUGGCACUACUUGACGAGGAAGUUUCUACGGGAUGCAAAUAACUUCAAGGACCCCAAGAAUGGCGAGAUCAACUGGGCAAGGGCGCUGGAGCUGUCGCGGGGAGUCGUUAUUCGAUUGGAGGAUGUCAAGACGGGUGGACAGGAUGUAGUGAAGCUCUCGGAUAUAGUCGACCUGACGCUGGAAGUGCCCGGCGAGUUUAUCGCCUGCGACAUUUCAGCGAAAUCUGAGGAAUGGCGAAGGGGCUACUUCGAGGCCAUCAUGCUGGCCGCCAAAGCCGCAGAGCACGUCGACGGCUGGCAGAGAGAUAUAACACGCAACAUUGUAACGCCUCCCGAGUUCGUUAUUGGACCGUCAAAUCCUCAUCCAACCCCAAUCCCGCCUGGCAACCCGUCAGCUCCUCGUGAAGAAGACUGCGAAACCGCAUAUCCGUCUGCCGACAACUGGUACACUAAGAUCCUUGCGACCAAGGGCUUAAGCCCACGACAGAAAAUGGAAGCUUCCCUGGAAUACGCCAGCUUCAUGGAGUUUAAGAACAAUCCCGAGGGCGCUGAAUCUCUCUACAAACUUGCGCUCGCAGAAGCAACUUCUGGCAUAGACCCAAAGAAGCUGCCCUAUGACCCGAGGACCCUGAUUCUCAAGGAACGCGCUGGACCACCCUCGAUGAACGUCCUCGACGCUCUCACAGCCACGGCCAACCACAUAGCUCGCAAGGGAGACAUCUCCUCCGCCCUACCAAUCUACCUCUCCAUCCUCAAAGCCCGCCGCUCCCUAUCCGACGACCCUCCUCGCACAACAUCUUCCAAACCCAAGGUUGAAUCCUUCUCUCAGCAGAUACUCAAAUUCUUCGCCCCGCCGGAAUACCCCCCACCCCCUCCCGACGGCACACAACCCCCCUGGCGAAGCACCCUAGAACGCUGCCAGGAAGCCGCCCUGAAUCUUUACAUCGGAGAGAUCCUCUACGCCACAGGAUCGAGAGACGAGGGUUUGGCCUGGACUAGAGACGGAGUGGAUUUGGCAGAGGAGCAGCUCCGAAGUCCUAAACUAAGCCAGGACGCCCGCGAGACGAAAUCAACGUGCAGGAAUUGUCUGUCUACUGGAUUAGACAACUGGUCCAUCAUGGUAUCAAGAUUGGCAAAGGAAGAGAAGGAGAAGAAGGCGACGGGAUCUCAGACGUCCAUGUUCUCCUUCUGGAGCGGACCGUCACAAGAGACGGAAGGCCGCUGGGAAGCUGAGGAGGUGGUGAUUCAAGACCGCGUUAAGCGGACACGGGAGUUGUUGGAGGAUAUUCAGGCACCAAAGCCCGGUAUUGUGUCAUUUUUCAAGGUAUAA